AUGGCUUCCUUACAUCCUACUGUUACCAUCACCAAUAUUCGGAACUUCAUUUCCAUCAUUCUCGAGAUUGAUGGCGGCCAAUACACAUCUUGGGUGGAACUAUUCAAGAUUCAUUGUCGUGGUCACGACGUUAUUCAACAUAUUUUACCAGAGGAAGGUCCUACUCCUAAACCUACAACUGAAAAAAAUAAGGAAAAAGCAAAUGCAAUGACUCUUUACAAACGAUUGGAUUCUAUUAUUCUCCAAUGGAUUUAUAGUACGAUUUCCAAAUAUCUAUUAAUCACCAUUCUGAAACCCGAUUCCACAGCUGCUCAGGCAUGGAAAUCGUUGGAAAAUAUUUUUUAUUGA